AGUUGGUUAAUAGCACUGUAAACUGUUGUAUUAUUUUUUAAGGGUGGAGUAAAUAUUGAUGGUAAUUAAUUUAUAGAUAGGGAUUGGAGUUGAUUUUCUUUCAUAUUACAAGGCUUUCAGAUUAGUGAAUUAGAUUUUUUAAGGGAUUCUGUGAAAGAAGGUGCAAAAUCGCUUGAUUUCUGCAAAACGUUUAUGUCUAUAGACAGUUUGGUCACCAAUUUUUCUUUAAAAUCAAGUACAAUAUAAUUAGUAUUUUCGGCUUUUAGUGGACUGUUCCGAUGGCAGAAAGCAAUAUGGAACAAGAUCAGGAAUCUAAGAACGGAGUGGAGAGUGGUUUUAAGGAGAUGUCAGCGGCACUGGACGAUGUGCGUAACCAAGAAAUUGAGAUGAAAAACCAUGUACAUCAACCAGCAGAAAUGCACGAGAUAGAGAGAAAACGUUGGCAUGAAGAAUGUCAAAAAAUGCACAAAGAGCGUGACCGUCUGUUGAAGCAAGGAGCUGAAAAACCAAAACCUAAAGUCGCUGGAUUACGCAUGUCGUCACGCGUGAUCGGCAGCUCGAAAACUUCUAGUUCGGCCAGCCAUACUGGAAAUCGCAUGAGAAAUUUUAACGAAUUUCCAGAUGGUUUCAAGAAAAAAUUAUUGGAAAUGGUACGUCAAAAGCAUCAUAUACUUGCAACCAGUCUUCAAAGGCAAAGACAAGCUCUGGAAAACGAUGAUGCUGCAAGAAUCUUAAAUGGUCUAUCUAUAUCUGAACGGAGUGACCAACCACGUCCAGUAAUUUUCCCACAACCUAAGGAUAGAGAACGAUUAAGAAAAAAAGUUGAAGCAAAUCUAAUUGAAAACGAAAAUCUUACUAUACGUCGACGAUUGCAACAACAACUCUCAUCAGUAUUACACGCUCAAACCUGUCAAAGUAGGAAAACGGAAAAUACGGGUAUCGCCGCAUUAUGCUACGUACCAUUUUGUUCCGUUACUAAUAAGCUUCUCGAGCAUAUAAGAACGUGUACUUUUGUUACGAAAUGUCCAACGCCUAUGUGUAGCUUAACUCGCGAGGCGUUGGAGCAUUACAAAAAUUGUACGACAGACAGUUGUGAUAUCUGUCACCCCGCCAAACGAGAAUCAAUUGCAUCGCAAGAGCAGUUACUUAAGUUCAUGGAAAUGGUUUGCAAAAGAUUGACCGAUGAUAAUUCCGUGGAGACACCGAGUGUAUCCAACAUUCUAAUUCCUCGGGUUAAUCCUAUAUUGAACCCGGAUCCUACUGGGAUGCCGAGUUUACCAAAAAUAUCUUCUCCAAUUCUUCCUGGCACUGAAUUAAUACCUAUACAGAGGGCGAGGAUGACACAUGUACCUGUUCCAAUUAUGAUCAAUCCUACAAGAUUAUGUUCGCAAACGCCUGGUGCAAUAAGUUUGUCACCUUUCUAUGAUCUUCCCUCUAUCUCAAUUAGACCUACAGAGACUCAAACAGAGGAGGCUUCUGCGGAAACAAUGAUGGAAGGUUCUGAUGAACAUAAAUAAAUUGCAUUUUAGUUUGAACGAUUUAGGAUUAUUCAUACAUAUAUAUCUAUAUGUAUGUAUAUAGAUAUAUGUAUUCUUAGCUUCAUGACGUUUUUUAUUACGUAAAAGUCUAGUUUUUACCUGUAUAUAUGUACAAGGUCUACACAGCCGAUAGUUUUUUAUUCAGCAUUAAAUAGUUUAUGAAUAUAUUGUACAAUUCUACAACAAUAAUUGUAUUUUCUGAAUAAUAGAAAACGUUU